AUGACUCAAUCAGAUGACUUUCAGAGGAGAAUGACACGUAAUAGUGAUGAGCUGCCAUUCUAUGUUGUUCAAUUCCUGAAAUUGCCUUAUGAAGGUAUUGAUGAUUACGUAUGCGUACCACACACUUGGGUAAUAGUACUUAGAACGCCGAGUGGGCAAACUGUUGUUUCCUAUCCUGAAGACAAAGAUCCUUCCCUUACAAGAGAUCGCGCUAAAAGAAAGGAAAAGUGCAAUGAUGAGUGGAAAUUUUAUAUUGCUACCAUCAAACAUCAGUCAAAUUAUUUUUCUUUUUCAGAUAGCUACCGAAAUGCAGAAUUAUGGAUAGCCUCAAGAAAAGAUCAUCGACCUUUAGAGGAAAGAGAAACAAGAAGAAUACCUGAUACGCAACCAGAAUCUACGCCGAACCUGAAUUCGAGGAAUUCCACUCAAGAUCACUCGUCGAAAUUAAAUGCUAACCCUCGGAAACCAUUGCCGAGAACAUUAAUCAAGCAACCAGCACUACCAGAACUGAACAAACAACUUGAUGGGAAACGGUUUAAACUGAAUAAAGCUGUUAAGUCAUCUAGCGCUUCUGUUAUCGACACUAAUACAGAGUCAAAAAGGGAACAAUCGACCAGCAUUCAAGACAACCAAUCAACGAAACUCGCUCAGACACAAGAAACUGCUGCUGCUUCCAAUAUUAACUCGAGAACUAAACAAAGAACUCUAACUCAGCGUACUGAGCAAAACAAAGAAGCUCUAAGUUUACCUGUAAUAGACGUUAAUAGACCUCCUGAAGUUAUGAAAAUUGAUGACAGACAUCAUUCACCAGGUAUUAAAACGUCCAAUCAAAACAAUAGCACGAGUCACAGUCACCUUUCUAAUACAGCGGCUGCAUCAAUGUCAACCGCGAAACCUUCAACUUCAACCCAACGGAACACUCAACCAAAUCAGUAUAAUAAUCAAGAACAUAUUCUACAUAACAGAAGUUCAUUAUCGAAUUCCAAAACACAGUUAGAAAAUGUCCGAUCUCUUGCCAAUGCUCAUGAGGAUCACGAAUUACGCAGUCAUGAAGUCUCAUCUAUCACACAAAGUAUCUCUCAUAAGGUAAUAAACUCAAUCAAAAUACCUCCUCAACUAUGCGAUAACGUGUACGGGAUAGAGGAUUUAGUACAGGCUCGAAAUGCGAUCGAUAAGAAAAUACGUCUUAGGAAUAUGAAAAGGAAUUUAGAAAUUGCCGCACAGAACUCGUUGAAUUUAAUGGACCAACCUGGAUCUUCAUCAGUGCGUUCAGUAGAAGAACAAUCAUCAGUAGUUUCUCAGACUCGACCACAAGAUGGUCUACGAGUUCGAGAAAUGCACCCUAGAAAUAGCACAGACCAAAUAAGUCCGCUUUGGGAGAUCAUUAUCAACUCUCCAGAAAUUCAUGCACCGAAAAGAAAUGCUGCAAGUGCUAACAAUACUCCAUUGGCUUCACAAAACCUUCCAAGCUCAUCUUAUACUCCAUCUACCGAACAAAUUUUAACAAAACCAUCCAAUCCGUUGCAUCAGACUUUCAAGUUUCCACAACAGAGACCGUCGCAGUCAAAUCAGCAAGACUUACAGCAACAAUCGCAGAUACCGGAAAUACGUACUAGCGUCUCAAACGAACUACAAAACGAAAGGCAAAUGCCUACUCUUCAAGAGGUCAGAAAGAAAGUGCAGUCAUCUGUUCUGUCAAAUUUACUGAAAUCAAUACGAUCAACGCUAUCAGCUACUCACAAUGAAUACCUUAGAAGUGAACAACAAGCAAGGCUGAGUAGCCAAUCUACUGAUCAUAACAAUAGAGAGUUAACAUCGAGCCCGAACAAUGUCGCAGUAUCAACAACAAGCGAUAAACAUCAAAACGUAAUAGACAAUACGCGUCAAACAGGCGAGUGCAUGAUAAAACCUUUGUCACCACAUUAUGCGGUAACUUCUGAUUCCGAUGCAGUUACGGAUGAAGGAAUUUCAGACCACGAGUUGUCUGCAAACAGAGCACCUACUGAGAGAAUAAAUGAUAGCACCAGCACUGGAAUCGCUUCUACAAGUAGCUCCGCAGACAGGCCAACAACUGCUCAAAACUCUACAUCAAUAAGCUCUUCUACUGAUGUCAGGUCUACUUUAGAGCAGGAAAUGUUGGACAACUUUGCUGAACUCUUCACUCAAAUGGACUCUACUUUGCGUUAUACUAUUGAUAUGUACAACACCUUACGAGGUUCGAUCCUUGACACUGCUAAAACGUACAAAAAGUUACUGGGUGCAAUCGAAGAAUUUAACUCAACGCAAAAUUCAGCCGGCAGUAAAUCUUUUUCGAUUAACUUGAAACCAGAUAUCCGUCAGUCUCCUAAAAAAAGACACAUUGAAGUAACAGCAAGUACUCAAGAUCAACAUAGAAACGAUGAUGCUAACGAACCACCGAAGGAAAAAAACAACUCAUGGCGUUUUGUUCUACCACCGGAAUAUGAUCCUCAUGAUACAAAAUAGACAUUGAAGUAUCGAACAAAUCUACCAGGUCUCGUAGAACUUAUGCCUCAAAGUGGCGUUUACGUCAGCUACGGAGACCUCAAAUACUGUCAGCAAGUAUCAAAAGAUUGUAAAUCAUUAGCGAAACGAUUAUUAUCAGCAGUAAUCAACAGCAAAGCACUGAGUGUUUGUUUAUCAAUAACUGAAAGAACGCAGGCUUCUGAUAAUGUUGGAUCUAAUGCAAGGCCAGAAUUAGAUGAUCAUGCGUGUACAGUACUGUUAAAUUUCGUUUUAGAGCACGGACUCCAACGUGGUUGGAAUACUGACAUACAAACUAUUCUCAGUACUUUACACAGUAAAAUUCAAGAGAUUUGAUUCAAAUACAGUGUAGUGGUUCAAUGCUAAUUACUAUGAUUACGAUUGUUCGUCAUAUACGGAGCCGUUCAAUGUUCCUAAAUUAUUAAUGCUAAAUAAGAAUUUAAUAUUACUGUAAUGGG